GGAGUGUAAGUGAUAUAUCCUGCACCAGGGGCGGACUGACAAUUCAUGGGGCCCCCGGGCAACAGGGGAUCAUGGGGUCCCUGUGUCCUUGCCCACAGUCAAAGCACACCCAAAAAAGCCUAUGAAAGGUACCAGGGGCAUCUCAUGGGGCCCCCUACUGACCCCGGGCCCUCAGGCAGUGCCUGAGUUUCCAAAUGGUCAGUUCGCCCCUGGUCCCAACACAUCCCUGGGUCUUAAUCAUGGAGAACAUGCUGUGCUGUGGGUGCAAUAUUUGGCCAUUGACAAUAUUGUGUAACAGAACAGGAUAUUAAGAGUCCACUGUUACUCUCGAAUUUACUAGCAGGAAAAUGUCAGAAAUGCAAGUCUGCAAGGCCAAACCUUAGCGCCCAAUGAUAUU